UUCGCCGCCAUCAUUGUUGGUGGCAGUGAAGCCUGUGUGGAGGGUGGGAAGAAGCACCAGCGGAUCUUGCUGGAGUUCUAGUCCGGCUGCGAGUGAGUGUUGUCCGGAUAUUCAGCCAUGGUUCAGACGUGCUCAGCGUACGGCUGUAAGAACCGCUACCACAAAGACAAAGACGUUUCAUUCCACAAGUUUCCUCUGGCGCGUCCUGAUGUUUGCUGUAAAUGGGUGGCGGCGAUGAGGAGGAACAACUUCAAACCAACAAAGUACAGCAACAUCUGCUCCCAGCACUUCACCGAAGACUCCUUCAAGAGGGAGUGCAACAACCGCGUGCUGAAGGAGAACGCCGUGCCAUCGCUGUUCACCUUCAACCUCAGCAUCAAGUCCGAGUCCCUGGAGGAUCCCUUUCCCUCCGAGAACCUCUUCCCGCUCUCUCUGCCUCUGACCUCUGACCCGACGGAGGAGGAGGAGCCUGAGAGCAGCCCGCCCGACACCAGCAGCGACACGAUGACGACGCCGACAGCAGCGGUGUCCUGCGACCACAACUACACGGUAGAGGACUCUGCGCAGCAGAAGAGACGCAUUGAGCUGCUGGAGGAGCAGGUGGAGCAUCUGAGGAAGAAGCUGAAGACGACGCAGCAGAAGUGUCGGCGGCAGGAGAGGCAGCUCAAGAGGCUGAAGGCCAGCCGGGAGGCGGCGCCCAGGAGCGCCCGAGAGGCGGCGCCGGAGCCGGCCUUCAGCGAGGGAUACGUGAUUUUGCCUAAACACAUCUACCACAGUCUGAAAGGCAUCGAGUGAGCGGGAGCAGAGGACGCUUUCAUCAGCGCUGAGCUGAAGGACGCUGCAAAUACUUACAUAUCUCUGUUUGUUGUUUUUAUUUUUGGAGCUCGGGCUGCCGUCAGAUGACUUCUUAAAUCUUUAGGUUUUGGUUUUCAAGAGCUAAGCUAACCACUCUCCAUACUUGACGCACACAGACUGAUGUUUCUUCAGUCACGUUACCCCAAACUGUUGAACUGUUCCUUUAAAGAGGACCUGUUCUGCCUGCCCUUUCUAUUCUGCCAUAUACGAGGUGUUAAUAAGCCGAGGUGGGCGUCUUCUCUGGAAUUUCUUCACUGAUUUGAGCGAACAUCAGCUUCUGUGUCACACCGAGCUGAAGUUACUGUGGAGGAUCAUCUGCAGGGAGGAGAGCUGCGUCUGCAGCUACAACCGAGCAGCUUUCAUCUGAAGAGUCCACAGUUUAAAAGGGUCGAAGGUGAGGAGCAAAACCACUGAGGUCCUGAGGCGUCUGAGGCCGAACAUUCAGAAGAAACAAUCUGAACAUUUAGGCUUUGAGUUUUGGGAACUAAAGAGAGAAAAACUGGCAAAUUUAUCAGAGCAAAAACGUGAGUUUUGGUUCCAGUCUGGCUCCAGUUGCUGGAUCUGCCUCCCUGAAACUUUGCUGUGCUCUGUGAAUCAGGAUUGAGCUUUAAGUGCUGUCAUUGGGACAUGCUGGAGGAGAUCAGCUUUCAUCAGAGGCACAAGCAGACAUGACAGGACUGAGAGAUCCAAAGAGAAAGCAGACAAACGGGAUGAUGAUUGAUGAUCAAACGCAGCCAGAGGAUCAAACCCUGAAGCUCAGGCUUCACACGGCUCUAAACACUCCGUUUACCAGUUUUUUUUACUCUUGGAUCUGUAUGAUGUCAUAGAGAGGUGAUAUCUUUAUAUGGUCAUGUUUGGCACAGAAGCCCCACCUGCUUCGCUUAAAGGAGGAGGAGCUAAGACAGCUUGUUUCAGACAGGGUGAUGUGAAGGCUGGUGUCAGAUAAAGAAGGAUUAUUCUGAACUGUGAAUCAUGCAAAGCUGCUUUGAGAAUUUAAGAACAGGAAGCUGGAAAUGUGCAGGAUAGGUCCCAUUAAAGAUUCUGGUAAUUUGGUAAUAAAAUUUGAAACUAUAAAAUAAAUUGACAUGAAAUUCUUCAGGUUUUGUUUGUUUUUCAGAGUUUUUUCCUUAAAGGCUGUUUUAAAAAGUACAUUUGUUGUUGUUUACAUUUAUUUUUUUUUCUCAAGCUGCA